AUGGCGUCGUCCGCCACGGACCACCUCAGCAAGGUGAACGCCUUCGUCAGCACCGCGGGGAACUUCAUCGACAGCGCCCUGGAUCAGCUGGACGACCAGCUGGAGAGCGCGAUGGGGGGCAUGUCCGAGAAGGUCGGGGAGGAGCUCCGCGAGCACUCCCUCACGGCCGACGCCAUGACGCGGGCGAAGGCGACGGCGGAGGCUUGGUCCGCGCUCGGAUUCGCCGCGCUGCGCGACGAGUGGCGCGACGCCGCGACGGAGAUCUCCGCGAAGCAGAGGGACGCCAAGACCGCCGGGCGGGAUCUCGCGGAGGCGGCCAAGGCGAGCAAGCGCGAGGGCGCCGGAGACGCCGAGAACAAGGCGCUGCUCAAGGCGAUGGGCGCCGAGAUCAAGCGACUCACCGACCGCGUCGCCCUCGCCGAGACGGCGUUCUUCUCCAUGCUCAACGAUCUGGACGAGGCCCCGGACCCGGCCGAAGCCCUCGUUCGAACCACCAAAGCCGCCGAGUACGUCACCGGCGCCGGCGCGCUUCGCAACGACCUCGACGCCACCAAAGCCGAGCUGGCGGCGGUCAGGGAGGCGGCGCAGAGCGGCGCCAACUCGGAAGCCGCGCGGGAGCUGCGAUCGAUGAAAGAAUCCGUCAAAUCCAUGGUGGACGCCGCGGCGCGCGAGCGCACGGCGGAGGUGGACAAGCGCAUCGCGGAGAUGGAAAUUGCGCACGAGACGAUGCGCGCGCAAAAGGAUGGGCUGGAGCGCUCCAUCGCCGAGCUCCGCGCGCGACACGACGCGGCGCAGAGCGAACUCUUUGAACUGCGCGAAGGAAAGUUUGCCGAUUUAGUUUCGAGGGAAACGGGCGAGCGCGACGCGUUCGUCGCCGAGGCGGAGGCGGCGCGGAUGAGGGAGGCGGAGGCGCGAUCGGAGUCGCAGAGGCUCGCGCACGAGGUGGCGAGGCUCCGCGAGCGCAUAGCCGCGGGCGGGGCGAUCGUUUCGGGGGAACCGUCCGGCGGGUCGGCGGUCGCCAAUUCGCUCUCCGCCGCGGAGAUGGACAUGGACGCCGCGGCGCUGCGCGAGCGGCUCAGGCUCCGCGACCAGGUGGUGGAGAUGCUGAAGCAGGACCUCCGGGAGCGCGAGGCGGCGCACGCGGCGGAGGCGACGCGGCUCGGGGAGAUAACCGAGGGUCUCCGCGGUGCCGUCGCUUCGGGGGAGGCGAGCAUCGCGUCGCUGACUCUCGAGCUCGAGUCCCGACCCACGGACGCGGGUGUCGCGCAACUGGAGGCGAGGGUGCGGACGCUGCAGGCGCUGGUGGACUCGAGGGACCUCGGGGAAGGGGUCGCCACGGAAGGAGGGGGUGCCGAAGGGGUGCCCACCGAAGGGGCGCCCACCGGCGAAGACGGCGACGACCCGCUCUCCGCGGCGCUCCGUCGUAACCGCAGGCUCGCCGACGAACUCGCCCACGCCAAACGCGACGCGGAAAACGCGUACGCGAAACUGGAAGACACCGCCAAGUCAAAGACGGAGGCGGAGAAGCGCGUGGAGGAGCGCGACGCCACCAUACGCCAGAUGGAGCAGCACUUGAUAGCCGCGACGGGGGGUGGCGGCGCCGAGGGGGCGGUUGGACCGUCGGGCGCGGCGGGCGCCCCUUCGGUGGGCACCCCCUCGGCAACCCCGGGUAUCAACGCGGACCUCCUCCCCGUGGUGAUUGGCCAGCGGGACAGGUACAAGCGCAGGGUGGCGGAGCUCGAGCACCGCGUCGGCGGUCUCGAGACGGAACUAGACGCCGAGAAGAUUCGCGCCGGUAAGGUUGACGCCGACAACGUGUCGCUCUUCGAGAAGGUUCGAUACCUCCAGGCGUACUACGCCGAGCGAGCGCCGAAGACGCCGGCGCCGAGCCUGGAGAUUGGGACGGACGUUGGAAUGGGGUCCCGAUCCGAGCGGUGGCGACGCGCGGCGAGGUACGGGUGCGGCUUUGACACAGCUGGCGGCGGUUUCAGCUCCGGAACGGCUCCGGAUGCGCUUCCGGGCGGAGACGCCGACGGCGCGAUCGGUCGAUACGACGAGCGACACCGAGCGACGCACGACCCGUACGCGCGGUUCCAGGAGAGGGAGGCGGCGAUGAGCGAGCAGCGGCUGCGGUUGCACGACAGGGUGGCGCUGCGGGGAGCUCGGGCGGUGAUGCGGAGCAGGGUGACGAGGACGUUUGUCGUGUUUUACCUCGGGCUGAUGCACCUGUACCUGUUGUACCAAGCGGCGGCGGGGUGCCCCGCGCCCGCGAAGACGUGAGGGGGGACUACGGAGGAAUCGACGCCCGCCUCGGACGUAUUAAUAACGCGAGCGUCGUCGUCGUCGCUCGCACGCACUCGCGUUCAUCGAGACUCAUCAUCGGUAAUAUAAUAAUACGCGUGGUCGUUCC